AUGAACUACGUGGUGAGCGUCCCGUGGUCCAAGGUCAAAUACGACGAAGUUCUCCUCUGCUGGGAAAUGAACGGCGAACCACUCCCAGCUAUUCACGGCUACCCGAUGAGAAUUAUGGUAUUGGGGUAUAUCGGUGCUCGAAGCGUCAAAUGGAUCUAUAGGAUCAAGGCGAUCGAGAACCCUUCCCUGGCACCUGUCCAAAGCAAGGAGUAUCUAUACUUUAAUCAGCAGAUAGGCAAGCACAACCAACAACCGACGGAUGGCAUUCAGAUCCAAGAGAUGCCCGUGAGUUCAGCCAUUAUGUCACCCUGGACAAAACAGGUCGUGAUCCAUAAUGGCAAGAUUCAUUGUAAAGGUUGGGCGUAUUCAGGCGGUGGCAGAUGGCCAGAGCGAGUCGAGUUGUCGGCAGACGGAGGUUUUAGUUGGUAUGCAGUGCCUAACGCCAAUCUCUCCAAGAAGGGCAAAUGGACCUGGAGGACAUGGUCGAUAGAUCUUCCGUGCGAUGUGGAAGGUUGGAUCGAGAUUGUCUGUCGGUGCUGGGACAAUGCCUUGAACACCCAACCCUUGACGGUCCGCGCAGCUUGGAAUUGGGGUCUCCACGUUACGCAUUCGGCACACAGGAUCAGUGUUUACAGCAUCAACAAGACCCGACCCCGCACAGCGGCCAAGUUGAAGCAAUUCGAGGCUACAGGAUCGCCUUUGGUGCCUCUCACUUGGCCUGAGGAGUUCCCUACACAGACCUGGGAUGACUACAAGAAAUUUUGGGAAGAGAACGAGCCGCGGGACGUGGAUGAGUGA